CGCAUUUACGACAGUUCAAGUUCUCAUAGGAAACAAAUAUGGCACCUCCACAACUUGUGCAAGGCUAUAAGGAGCUCCAGAAAGUGUUCAUCUCCGGAAAUCUACAGCAGACCGGAGUUCUCCUCACAAAGCUGAAGAUUGGCCUUACUGAGGCCGGUCUUUUUGUACCAUAUGGGAAUCCCGAUCCACAAGACCUCGUCCUUGCACGCGAUGUCCUCGAAGUCGGCGCGUUCUGGAGCAUACGUACAAAAGACAUCCCAUCAUUUGACCGUUACUUCUCGCAACUGCAGACUUUCUACAACGAUUACAGCUCCAUCCUACCACCAUCACCCCGCGAAUAUCCUCUCCGCGGCCUGAACCUGAUCCGUCUCCUCACCCAGAACCGUAUUGCCGACUUCCACACGACUCUCGAAUCCCUUCCACUACCUGCAGAUUCACUCACUGCAAAUCCCUACAUCGCACACCCCAUCAACCUCGAGCAGUGGCUCAUGGAGGGCAGCUACAGCAAGGUGUGGAACGCGCGAGAAGAGGCGCCAACGGAAGAGUACAAGUUCUUCGUCGACAGUCUCAUGGGUACUAUUCGGAACGAGAUCGCGGGUUGCGAAGAGGCAGCAUAUGAUAGUUUGCCACUGAAAGACGCGGCGACACUGCUCUUUUUCAAGAGCCAGAAUGAGCUUUUGACAUUUGCACAACAGCGGGGAUGGCAAGUAGAUCUCACAGCAGGGAAGAUCACGUUCGCGAAGAAGACCGAAGAGAAGGUGGAGAUUCCAAAGGAGAGGCUCAUUUCCGCAAACCUUCAGUAUGCGCGCGAGCUUGAGCAGAUUGUAUAGACCAGUAGCCGUAUCGCCUCUCGGACAACUUGCUGCCCUUCUGCCUUUGUUGUGUUGA